GGGCGGAGAAACGAGCGGGGCCGGCGGGAGGCGGAAAGGAGGGAUUCGCGUCUCCUCCUCAGGGGGGGGGGUGUCUCUGCGCAUACGCAGAGGGCGGCCUGGCCUGGCCUCCCCCCCCCGCCCCCGCAUAGAGCCCGGCGUCGGGAUUGGGGCGGUGGCAACGCGGGCCGCGUGGUGGAAAUCGCCUCGGGUGGAAGUCGAUCCGUGCUCGCCUGUCGUUGCCAAAGAGUGUAAGAGCCCAGGAGGAGCCCUGGAAGACGAACCCGAUUUAUUACCAUGAUAUUUCAGAAGAAAUGGUGAUUGUCAAGACCGAGAAGACAGAAGAAGGUUGUAGCAAUGAUGGUGGAAACUGUGAGGGUCAGGAGUCUCAGCCUUCUCCUCUGGCUCUGCUGGCAGCCACGUGCAGCAGGAUCGAGUCCCCCAACGAGAACGUGGACGGCUCACAGGGACAGCAGGGGGCCUCGAAUGAACUGGACCUCGCUGCUGCUGCUGCGACUCAGAUGUCCCAGAAUGGCAAUGGCUGGCAAAUAAUUUCCACUCCCUCCGGGACUUCUGAUUCUCCAAAAGACCAAGGGACUAACAGCAACGAUGAGAGCGAUUCGUCGUCCAAAAACCGGCCUGCUGUUACCGGGCAGUACGUGGUCACCACCACCCCCAGUAUGCAGAACCAGCAAGUCCUGACGAGCUUGUCGGGAGUGAUCCCCAAUAUUCAGUAUCAGGUGAUCCCCCAGUUUCAGACUGUGGACGGGCAGCAGCUGCAGUUCGCCACCACCCCCACCCAGGUCAGUGUCCAGCAGGAUGCCUCCGGCCAGCUGCAGAUCAUCCCCGGGACGAACCAGCAGCUCAUUGCAAACCGGUCGGGGACUGGCAACAUCUUGGCUGCCAUGCCAAACCUCCUGCAGCAGGCCGUCCCCAUCCAGGGAGUGAACGCUCUCUCGGGGCAGACCCAGUACGUCACGAACGUCCCACUAGCUUUGAACGGCAACAUCACGUUGUUGCCCGUCAACAGCAUUGCUGCCAGUUUGGCCCCCACCUCUCAGUCAGUUACCCUGAGCAGCUCCGGCUCUCAGGAGAGCAGCUCUCAGCCGGCCACUUCCGGCGCCUCCAUCAGCUCCUCCUCCGGCGUGGCUGUUUCCCAGGCCAGCUCUGGCUGUUUCUUUACCAAUGCCAACAGCUACAACGCCACCACCACCAGUAACGUGGGGAUCAUGAAUUUCUCCACCGCCGGCACGGCAGGAACAAAUAUUCAGGUGCAGACACCUCAGAGGACAAGCGGUGCUCAAAACGCCGAUGCUUUGCAGGUUGCCGUCCAGCCGGGGCAGCAGAAAGAGGCUGAUCAGAAUCAGCAGCAGCAGCAGCAGAUCCUGGUGCAGCCUCAGCUUGUGCAAGGGGGACAGGCGGGCCAGACCUUCACCACCCAAGACGCCCUGCAGAACUUGCAGAUCCAGACUCUCCCCAGCACCGCUCCGAUCUUCAUUCGGACGCCCACCGUGGGGCCGAACGGGCAGGUCACCUGGCAGACCAUUCAGCUGCAAAACCUUCAGGUUCAGAACCCGCAAGCUCAGACAAUCGCCCUGGCUCCCGUGCAGGGGGUGUCCCUGGGGCAGACCGGGAGCACCAACACGACGCUGACACCGAUAGCGUCCGCCUCUCUGCCCAGCGGCACCGUCACCGUGAACGCCGCUCAGCUCUCCUCCGUGCCGGGCCUUCAGACGAUUAACCUCGGGGCCUUGGGAGCAGCCGGAAUCCAGGUUCACCAGCUGCAAGGGCUUCCACUCGCGAUAGCGAAUGCCACUGGUGAUCAUAAUACCCACCUCAGCCUUCACGGCGCCGGUGGUGAUGGCUUGGCUGACGAUGGCACCACCCUGGAAGAAGGGGAGAACAGUCCAGAUGCCCAGCCGCAGCAAGGCCGACGGAUGCGCAGAGAAGCGUGCACUUGCCCAUAUUGCAAAGAUAACGAAGGAAGGAGCUCUGGGGAUCCAGGCAAAAAGAAACAGCACAUCUGCCACAUGCCAGGCUGCGGGAAAGUGUAUGGGAAGACAUCACACUUGCGAGCUCACCUUCGGUGGCAUACCGGAGAACGGCCUUUCGUGUGCGGCUGGAUGUUCUGUGGCAAGCGCUUCACACGCAGCGACGAGUUGCAGCGACACAAGCGAACACACACAGGAGAGAAGAAAUUUGCCUGCCCAGAGUGUCCAAAACGCUUUAUGAGAAGUGACCACCUCUCCAAGCACAUCAAGACCCACCAAAACAAGAAGGGAGGCGCACCCAACAGCAUGUCCAUGGACGUCUCUGCUGUCUCCAUGGACCCGGGUGCUUCUGCGGAGGGUGCUGCCGGAGCAACGCCAUCUGCCCUCAUUGCGACCAACAUGGUAGCCAUGGAGGCGAUCUGCCCCGAAGGCAUCGCACGCCUCGCCAGCAGUGGCAUUAACGUCAUGCAGGUGGCUGACCUUCAGUCCAUCAACAUCAGCGGCAACGGAUUCUGAGGCCGUGCCGGCCGCAUGGUGGAGGCGUUGCACAAAGACAGGAUUCUCAAGGUAGCAAUGGGUCCAAGAGAUCAGGUCUUUUCACUGCACGAGUGGUAGAAGACAGGGGACUCAGCUGCUCCACCAGCCCUCCAAAAUCCCAAUUUGGUCUCCCAGGAAUGCUUCGUGCAGAAUAAGGCCUGCUGCUGUUGAGGGCAGCCCUCAGGUGCCUGGUGUUAAUUACCUGGGGAAAUGGAGAUGGGCCAGAGCUCUAGGACUCAUUUGUUUUGCUUCCCCCCCCCCUUAUAAAAGUCUCUUUAUUCUCCCUACUAGGUACCCCAGAUACCAUCAUGCCUUGGUUCUAAAUGUAUAUGAUCACUGAAAUACUUUUUAGCAGAAGAAAAUUCUAUAUUAUUAUUAUUAUUGUAAUUAUAUAAAACUAUAAAAUAUGUUCAUUUUUUUUUGAGAGAGAGAGAGAGGUUAAAAUUGCUGUGACCAAAGUCUUUGGUCGUCGUUCAGAUGCCUUAACUUUGAACUCUUGAGCUGUUAGGUGGCGCUCAGGCUUAUGUUGAGAUGCUAUAUUGCAUUUUACAUUGUAACUAUAUAAAAAUAUAAAUUUAGCUCUCCUUUUUUUUGUAUGCUUGGCUUUUAGAUUUGAGUUUUUCUUAAUGUUUUGGGCAAAAUUUCCCACUUUGGUCUCUCUUUUUUUUUUUAACCUGUUCUUCCCCUUUUUUAAAAAAAUCUUAAUUUUUCUCUAUUUGGCGAGAAGCAUAUCCAUGAAAUCCAGCAUGUGUCCGUUCAGGUAGUUUCACGCCAGCUGUUUUUCUGAGAGGUAGGGUCCAUGACCCAAAAUGCAAUCUGAGUUUUAUAGGGGAGUGAGUGAGGUGGGGAAGAAGACACGGAGGGAGAUUGAAAUAGUAUUUAGCAGAGGUUGUUCCUGCAGUUGCUUUAAAAAAAAAAAAAAGACAGUCCAGAUAUAGCACAUUCGACAUCACAGAUGCUUUGGGCACCAGCAGGAGAGGGGAGAGCCCUUUUCAUAAUCAGAACUACAGAACUGUCAUGGGAGCAAGGCCCAGUUAACCUAGUGCCCACCCAAGUAGUAACGUGCCAGGUAUGUUUGGUGGGCUGGUGCUUUUUUCUUAGUUUCAAAAAGUAGAGUCUUCCUGUGUAUUUUGAUGGCCCAGCUAAGGAAAUUUGUACUGUGAAAUAAGUUGGAGCUUUACAUCUCGGGCUGGAAUUUUUUUGUUGCAGGGGGAGCCUGUCCAGUAGCGAAUCCAGCAGGCAUAUAACAAGGGGACAGGCGCCUGGGAUACGUCAGACUGCUGCAUUGCUGUGGAACACUGCAGUCGCUUCUGCUCUAUUCCAGCCGCCUUGGAUAGUGUUGUUCAGUGACAC